UAAGAUGAGAGAAAGGCGUUCGGUUAAAAAUGGCAACUUAAAUCAUGAGAUUCCUCAAGGAAGGCUGCUGUCACCUUUAGCUAGGUCAGUUAUAGAAGACGAUAAUCGAUCUACGUCACCAACCCAGAAUUCAAGAAGGUAUUUUCGUGUUUCACUGCCCCUUAGAAGGCAUCAGGUGGAGGAAUCUACAAUGAAAUCAAGCAGUAAUAGGCAUAUAUACAGUAAUGAUACGCAAACACAUUCUCAGAGAAGCAAUAGCAUGACAGAAGGUAGUCCGUUCAUUAAAAGUGAAAGGCAAAUUGAAAAUCUAAAUCCUUUAAAGCUACAACAGCCUUCACAAGCAAAACCGUUGCUUUCCCUUGUCACAACGUCACUGGCUCGACCUGAUCACAGGAAUGUUUUCCGUCUGAACGCAACUGAGUUUGAAAAGCCUAAAAAGGAACCAGUAAUUCCUGCUUUGCCCCCAACUCCAGCAUAUAUCAAUGGAGGACCUGUUGAUCCUGCCCAGCUUAUUCUCCUGAACUCGGGUGCUAAACCCGUGGCCCCUGGAAGACCUCCUUCCAAUGUCGUUGCACAGCCUUCUGCUGUCAACCCCGAGACCUUUUUAACUCUAACAGAAACGCCAGCUCUAGAGGAAACCCUGGCAGUUCAUUCCACAAUAUCGCCACAAGUUCAGACUACACAAUUUGUGCGUGACGUUCCUCAGGAAGAAGAACUAGGUCUUUCGCCUUUCUUUUCAGGAAGACCUGACCAACCCAAUUAUAUCUACACAACAGCAAGAAUACCCAUUACACCUGUCAAUCCAGCUAACUUCCUCAUAGCAUCUGGCCACACUACAUUGCCACCUAUUACUGUUCCACCGCCUGGUUUCAAUCCACUUUUGAAUAUUUUGCAGAAGCUGGAUAAGGUUGAGUAUAAUGAGAAUAGUAAAGAUAAAAAUUCUGUUGUGAUACCAGAGCCAACCCUUUUCCAGGACUUUAAUCAUGGAUUUCCAACUUCUCUUAAACCAGCUAUGAGUGUUAAAUCAUCACAGAUUUCCAGUUCUCUUAGUGACCUGGAUUAUUCUAAUACCUCUGUGUUUCCUCGAAUACAAAACAUACCAGGGGCAGUGCCAGUGGCAUCUUUGUCAGACAAGCCACUUAUAGUUUCCAAUAAUACAGUAAUUGGUUCUCACCAUUUAAUUCCCAUUUUGAAUUACAUUCAUAAUAAUUCUAAUGCCACUUUCCUCGAAGAACUAGUGAAGCAACUAAGCGCAAAUCAAAAUUCUGCGUCUCCCACAGGAAAUUCUCCUGGUAAUCAUGACACUUUUGCUGAUGAUAAUGCACAUAGAAAUUCAGAGGUGAAUUCAUCUACAGGAAUUUCCAACAUUAGGUUCCCCCCUUUGAAUUCUGUUCAUAAUCACCAUCAGCUUCAUCCUCAGACUCCAAAUUUUAUCUCUGUCCCUCAAAAUUCAGAAAAUUUCCAGUUUCCUUUUAACUCUAACUCUGAAAAUCACUCUUUUAACAUGAGACCAGGAAGCCAUCAGCAAGCACAGUUUCAGGGCCCCUUUUCUCCUCCUGGGAGUGCCUUUCCUUUUCAUUCUAGUUCAUUUCCAUCAUACCCUGCUAAUUCAAAUCACUUUGGUUCCAAUAGUCAUGUUUCACCAGUCUCUCAUCCGUCCUUUCAUCCUUAUCCAGGGAACAUUAAUCCACCUCCGGGCCCGUUUGGUUUUGACCGACUUUCAUAUCCUUCCGCCAGUGUAUCGUCAUCUGUACAAAAUGAAAAAGCUGCAGCAAACUCAACAGCAGAAGGAGCUGAAGAUUUUAUAUCUACAUCAACAACCAUAGUAAAAGGAGGAACCUCCACGAGUAACAAUAAUUUCUUCAGGGUUCGCCCACAAAAUGUAUUGGAGCCAAACACUUUUGCAUCCCCUCCACUUGGCAAUAAUUUUCCUUAUGAUCCAUACUUCAGACCAAGACCAGAAUCACAGUUAUCACCACUAACUCGAAUACCAUCACCAGUUAAUAUUCAGUCUCUGCCAAAUGUUGCUAACGACCAAGAAAUGACACCUAGAAUUAUAGUAGAUGGCCUACAUAACAAAACUGCUUUGCCAAGUGACGUCUUUCCAGGAUCACAGAUCAAUGUUGCUUGUUCUAAGAAACAUGGCUGUCCGACUUUCAUCUUGAGAUCACGUCCCAGCGCUCCACAGCCUUCAGAAAAGCUUGAAAAUGUGUUUGUUAUUGAUGAAGCGAUAGAAGAGAGACCAAAAGGCAACAUCAAUAUCCAAUGUGACUAUGAAGCAGGAUGUCCCACUUACAUUAUUAACACGACCCCUUCUCCUGAGCCUACGUCACUGGCCACAGAAAAGCCUAAUACUGUUGUUGAAUCUGUAAGUGACGAAAUUCCCGAAAAUUCUACUCCUGAUUAUGAAGAAGUCGUUCAAGCUAUAGAUACCAUCAUUGCUUUUUUAAACCAAAGCAGCAUCAACAGGACAGAAAAUAAUCACCAAGGUUUAACAGGGAUUUUUGAUAACCUUUCUAAUGCUGAGAAUACAGGAGGCUUAGCUAGUAUUUUAUCAAACUUGCCAGCUCCUGAUAUAAAUCCACAGAAUAUCAGACCAAAAUUGCAGAUUAUUCCUAUAAGCAGUCCUGCGACCACACCUAACCCUUUGCUCCAACAAAGCCUAAAACGUCCAAGUUAUGAUGUACUGCAAGUUCCAAAAAAUACUGUCCUAAGAUACCCCUCAUUUCCAGAUAUCCUGGACAACAGACGCCAUUUUCAAGUCAAUCCAAUACUAGACAGUGCACAAAACACCGCUAGCAAAUUGUUAGGCCAACCUGACAGUACUGACCUCCUUAAAGACAGUCUCUUACAGGCACAUCUCAGCGCACUGCAGAGUAGCGACGCAGGAACACUGCCUCUAGAAGCGCUUCUAGGCUUUGUACCACAUAAAGGGUCUCUGGGAGACACACACAUGGGAAGUAUCGAGGUGACAGAGCCACCUCCUCUGGCUGCCAUUCUCAACCUUGAGCCUCUGAAUAUUCCCAACGAGCCCCCUUUGGUACCCACGGACUCCUCACCGUCUCGACGUGACGACCAUCACGAUUCAAUGAUGCGUAGAAUCAUGGGUGCGGCGUUAGUGGGCCUCCCCAUAACGACUGCGCUUCUUGGAGCGCUUGGUGCUCCUGUCGCUGUGAUGGCUCCCAUUGGUCUGGCUCUCCCUGCCUUGCUGACUAUGGGGUUCAUGGAUACUGAUGGGGGAGUAGUGGGCCUACUUCGUCACUCCCAUGGACAUCACAAUCAUCAUCAUCAUCACCAUGGGCGCCAUCAUACGCGUUCUACACAGGAGAACUCGCCCGCAAACUCUUUUGACGCAGGCGGAAGGGACAUACCUAGUGAAAGGGAAGACACGACGCUUUACAGUGAUGCCUCUGAGACCGCUGGUGACCUGGCCCCUCAGAGGUCACCGCCGACCCUCAGCGACGGCGGAGGAAUUGGCGGAGCCAUCUCGAGGUUAGCAGGAGUGAUUCCGCUCUUAGCCUCAAGUCUGUCUUCUCAGAUUGGCAACAUCAGGAGAAGACGAAGCGCAGAAAUCCAGCCGGACGCCUCAUUCCCAGCCCUCCAGCAACACCACCUGAAAGCCAUCGAAACCCUGAACCACUACUACACCAGCCUCACGAACGGCAGCAAGGGCGCCCGCCCUUCGCCCGAGGACAUCAAGAUGCACCGGAAGUAUCUCCUGAACCUCCUUCAGAUGCUGAGGCGCCCCGCGGCAGGUGACGCGGGUCUGGAGAACGGCGUCCGUCCAGGAACGAGCGAGGCCUUCGGGUCACCUUCGUCAGGUGGUUUUCCUCCUGACGAAGGCGAGGGCGGGGGUGUGACUGCUACCUCGGAGGGAUUGGAUGAGCCUCUGGCGGAUCUCGUCGAGCCAAGUGAUUCCGGAGCUGGAAUUCGCUUCGCGAGCAGAACUGGAGAGGUUUCUUCCGAUUCGGCAGACAUCCAGACCAUCGGCGUCGAAGAAGCGGCCCUUCUUCUCCACCAAUUCCAGACGCAGGGACACGUGAAUCUCCUCCCUCCUGGUUUCCCGGGUCAGUCUCCCCCCUCAGCCCAACAACAACAACAACAACAACAGCAAGCAACAGCAACAACAAGGUGGGACUCAAAAAUGAUUCACGAUGCAAAUCAGUUUAGAGUUAACAUAUCCUUAUAUCACCCGUCUCAAAAGGCAAGACGUAAAGUAUAUUUUGUUGAAGGAUUUCUCACCCUAUCUCCCCCCCAACCAGCAUCCAGCCCCUUGGAGGCUUUGGCACCUCCCAAAUUGUCCAACAUGGAGCACCAGCCUCGGCCUGAAUUUGGAAGCCAAGACGACCAAAACGACGUUCGUUUGGCCCUCCUCCAAGCAGUCCUGGCCAACAGAAUUCGACUUGGCAGCCCGACCAGGCCCGCACCCGACGAAAACCCUGGUCCAUCUGUCAUUCUGGGAGACCCAAGUCCCUUCUCUGACUACGAAGCCCUGACCAGCACUAUCCUGAAUGGGACGCGAGAUGGCCUACCACCUGACGUAGUGAUGGUCAACAGUUUUGAUUUCCAGGAAAUCCAGCAACCGGAAACCCUCUCAAGCGCCUUCCUCCCGCUCAACACGACCGGUAACAGACUGGACGUCGUUCCAGCCACCUUCCAGAACACCAGGAUCACCACUGAGCUCACAACGGCCCUCACCAACUUUAUCAACAACAUCGCCGACGCCAUUACACAACUCAUCACCGACCUGCAAGCGGCCAUCAAUGCAAAUCCGGCAGUAGCCUUGCUCCUGUUGCUUCCCCUCCUCCUCCUGCCGUUCCUCUUCAAUAAAUUCCACGGCGGUGGUGGCUACGGUGGUGGCGGCUACGGCCACAGGAGGGUCUUCUACCAGCCUCCUAAUUACUCCAGGAGCGUCAUAGCGGAGCAACUCGCUCGCAAAAUCCUGAAGGACAUCGACGAGUACGAGAGACUCUUUAUGUCUGAGGAGGAUUACUACGCAGACAGAUCUGGCGCUGUUUCCUGAUCUGGAGUUUCAAAAAAAAAGGACACAUUUUAGUUGCUGGUGCUGAGACUUCGUUCAGUUCGUCAGUGAGUUUGACCAGAUCACUCGUUGCAAUUAAAGUAACAGAUUAAGACACGAUUUCAGAAACUGGCUUAGCUACUGAAGUCGGUAGUGAGUUAGACACUAACUUCCUUCCAAAGUGGUUAUAACAGAAAAGAGUACGUUUAAAGUUGCCAUAAUUACAGCAUCCAGGAUUCUAUUUAACUUUGCCCAGCAAAAGUCAUAUUUCUGUGGAAAACAAUUCUAUCUUUUUUUUCCUCCGUUUGUUAGUUGUGAUCUGGAUAAGCAAAACUGCUCAUAACGAGCAAAACAAGUAUGUUAAUGGACUUAGUUCUCUUUAAUAAUAUUUAUUCCCACAACUUGAAACAGACAGGAUGAGUGAUUCAGAAGUUAAAAAAGCAGAACACUGCCUUCUGAAAGUGAAUAUGAAAAGUAGGUACAACUAAUUGACUCUGAAGUUGAUGAUAACCUGACAGUAGAUGUAUAAAUAUAAGUCAUUUUAAUCUUAGCAAACGUUUCGGCAGGCAAAGAAGAGGCAUUCUCAGUAAGUAUAUAAAAAAAGUGUGAUUUGAGAAUCCCAUUAAAAGCCCAGUUUAUUUUCUAGUCUUAUCUUGGGGUCGACGACGGAGUUAAAUGAAAACGUGGACGUCCCUUGUCAAUUUCGAACUAUUUAUCUUUAAUUGUAACCUCCAGUACAAUGUAUACCUUGAGUAACUCUGUUUUAUUCUUUCAAACUCUCUCUCUCUCUCUCUCUCU